CUCACAUACAAAAGCCUUCACCUUUCCCUCCUUGUCCAUCUCAUCUUCAUAACAAAGUGAAGUGAUAUUUCACUAUCUUACUUUGUUUUUAGUUGGUAAUAAGUCAAGUGAAGAAGAGGGCCCUUUUUGAUUCUUUCCUACUGUUUAGUGCUAUUAAAGAUAUGAUCAUGUAUACAACAAUGACUUGACUCUAAAUCAGAAAUAGGCUUUGAUUUGCAUAUUUAGUGAGUUAAGAACAAGAAGAGACCCCAGGUGGGUUGAUCUCAAGAAUUGAAGUAGCCCUCAAGAAGGUUUUGCUGACAUGGAUGAAAAGACCUCAUCAUCUUCAGUUUCUGUCCCUCAAGAAGCUUCCAAUCAUGAUGAACUUUUCAUGAAACAGAGCAUGCUCUUUUCUAAUACUCUUAAGGAUAUGAAGAAUUUAAGGAAACAGUUGUACUCAGCAGCAGAUUAUUUUGAAAAAUCUUACAGCGAGGAGGACCAGAAACAACUAGUGAUGGACACUUUGAAAGACUAUGCUGUCAAAGCUUUGAUCAACACUAUCGACCAUUUAGGUUCCGUGGCAUUCAAAGUUAACCAACUUCUGGAUGAAAAAGUUGGCAAAGCUUCAGCACUUGAGCUUCAGUUCACUUGCCUAGAACAGAGACUACAAACAUGCCAAGAAUAUAUCAGCCACGGCGGCUUUUCUCAACAGUUUUUGGUGGCACGAACUCCCAAGUACCAUAAACGAUAUAUCUUUCCAGCUGAGGAGACCAUAGAUAUUAAUUCAAAAUAUCACAGGAGAAGCUUCAGUGCUGACUACAGCUCUUAUCAGUUCAAAAAUGCUAUUCGAGCAAGAAUCAAAGGAACCUCUCCGUCUGUUUCCAGAGAUGGGCGUCCUAGAUUACAGUCUCCACAGGUUGCCCCAAAACCAGGAAAUUUUACAUUCGCACCUACUUCAGUCAACAAAAAAACAGAUAAAAGAACUUCUUCUCCUCAGCGAUUUCAACUUAUACGUUCUGGAACUCUUCUUCCUAAGAGAUCAAAAUCUCCAAGUAAUACUAAUGACGUACGACGGUAUCCAUCAGAGCCAAGGAGAGCAGUUUCAUUGUCUACAUAUCCUGAAAGAGGGGGAGGAAAUGAGAUCGAUUUGUAUUCAAGCAAAAGUAAACGACUCUUUAAGGCGUUGCUUAGCAUGCGCAAACCCAAAAAGGAUCACACAUUUUACAAAUAUUUGGAUAAUGUUUGAGAGAAACUAGAGGCCCUGUUUUGUGGACGCUUUUGUUCUGAAGCUGCUAAGUGUGUUGUUUACAUUUGCAAAGUACGUUUAGCCUUCCCUUGAAGCAGUUCUGACAAAUACACUAGCGCACCAGAACUAGCCACGAUUUAAUGUAGCGUAAAAAAAAAAAACUAAUUUUCAAAAAAAUUGGACGGCACGUCACAUUCUAAAUAAGAGCUUGAUCUAAUUCUAUCA